ACAUUCAUUCAAUUUUCUCCCAUAGAAUGACCAGGAACAGAAAUUAGCAGAACGCUAUAUAGUAGCCCUGUGGCUACCCUGUCGCUAGUUCCUCCUCCCGGGUCCCUGCAUUCUCGUAAGCCCCCUCCACUAGUACUGCAUCUGUCAAAAACCUGGUCUAACGGUUCCACGGUUUCGACUCAAAAGCCCUCCGCGGCCUGCUUAGAUUUCCUUUAGGACGUAUCUUCGACCCCCCACCUUCAUUCAUCAUGUCGGUCCCUCCAGCAGUAGAAAUUGAUCGCGUAUCUAUUGGCUCUAAAGGUUCGAAACGUGAUUAUGUGGAUGAGACGAUGGACGUGCCUGCCGAUCCUCCUGCAUAUGAAACUGUUGAACCUCGUCCGCCGAUUGACUAUUCGAGCGUGGGUGCUUUUUCGAGGAGUCUUUGGAGAAGAUUUGCGAGUAUUUUUACGAGGAGAUUUGUUUUGUCUUUGUUGGCUGGACAACUGGUCUCGCUUUGUAUCACUUGUACGAAUGUCACGACUACGGAACUCGUCAUGCGGAACUGGGCUCUCCCGACGACACAGACGUUUUUCUUGUACUUUUCAUUGUUUUCGAUAUAUACGCCAUACACGAUCUAUCAGUACGGAUUUAGAGGAUGGGGGAAGAUGAUCUUCAGGGACGGUUGGAAAUACUUCAUAUUGGCGGCAUGUGACGUCGAAGGCAACUUCCUCGUCGUCAAGGCAUACGAGUACACCACACUUCUCUCAUGUAUGCUCCUAGACGCAUGGGCUAUCCCAGUAUGCUUGUUCUUCUCCUGGUUAUACAUGCGUCCCAAGUACCAUUGGUCCCAAUUAAUCGGAAUCUUCAUCUGUAUCGGCGGUCUCGGCAUGCUCGUCGCCUCAGACCAAAUCACAGACAAAGACUGGCCGGCUUUAAGCCGAGCCAAAGGAGACGUGUUCAUGAUCGUCGGUGCUACUUUGUACGGAUUCACAAACGCCACAGAAGAGUUCUUCGUGCGUAAAUCCCCAUUGUACGAGGUGGUUGGUCAAUUGGGGAUGUGGGGGACUAUCAUCAAUGGGAUCCAAGCUGCUAGUUUGGAACAUGAUGGGAUGAAAACUGCUAGUUGGAAUGGGAAGACGAUUGGUUUACUCGUCGCGUACACAGGAGCGAUGUUCAUCCUCUACACCGUCGCGCCCAUCCUAUACCGCAUGGCGUCAUCCGCAUACUACAAUCUCAGUUUGCUCUCAAGUGACUUUUACGGAUUACUUUUCGGUUUAUUCCUCUACCAUUAUACCGUGUACUGGCUCUACUUCCUCGCCUUCGCAGUGGUCAUCUUUGGGCUGAUCGUUUAUUUCUGGCAAGCCACACGUACCGGAAAGUCAAGGCAAACUGGACCCUCGUGCUCCAGAGUAUGUCGAAAGACGACGCGAAGGACUGAACAACGGUGUCGUGGGUCAGGUGUAAACUUUAAACGUGCCGCUCAACUCUUCCCGCUAGUACUUUAAGUACGACUGCAGGUUUUGUUCACGAAUUCUUCAUGAUAUCAGAUGUUCUGUAUUUCGUAUUCCUUGAUUAGGGUGGCCAACAACAAUGUCUGUAGACUGUAGUGCAAACACACAAAGACUGAUGCGGAUCGGAGGCGAGCUAUGAGUAGGGAUGAUACAUCCGGUAAGUACAAAUUAUGGAUAGGAAUAAGAAUGGAGGGAAGGAACGCCCAAUAAAAAAUGAGAAGGGGAAAA